CCAACGAAGGAGCGAUAGCGACACGAGAAACCUUCAUCGGGACAUUGGAAACGAGAAAGCACGAACCAAAGACGGGGGAGAGAGAGAAAAGGGGAGAAAAAAGAACGAAAGAAAAAAUUUAAAUAGCUCCUAAUAAUAGACCUCGGUAGAGAUUUACCGAAAUGAAAAGAAGGAAUUAAUUUCAAUUGAUAUCGUAAUUUGAGGUGAAAAGGAGCAAGUGACACAGAGCACGGACUUUUUCCAACAUCCCCGAGAAACUACGAAAAACGGGAUAGACCAUUUUACAUCCCGUGUUUCGGAUUCUUAUGAACAGUUCAACUGUUUUUAUGUCAUCGGGAAAAGUUCAUUUUCACUGCCACUGUGUUUAGUCUUCGUUUCACUGUUUAUUGUGCAAUUAUACCUGAUUGGCUCAUGGUGUCGUUUAGACCUGCUGGGUUUUAAAUUCGUACACCGAAUUCUGUAAUUGGUGUUAUUUAAAAAAAAAGUUUGGAGGCAAUUUCACCAAUCGAAUUUUGAUAAUCUAUAAUCAUAUCGGAUGUUACGACGUCUGUUUACAAAGCAAAUCGGAAGGAUUUAAACAUUGGUGACGGUUUCCCAAAAAUAUGUCUUCAGUGAUUUCAAUUGAGGGGAGUGAGUAAAUUACGAAACCAAUCAUGGAGGGAUCAGACGGAACCGGGUCGGAGGUUGGGGUGGAAGUGAACACUGAAGAAGAAGAUAAAUUAUGGAGAGUUCUAACCGGGAAAAUGGAGGACCUGCCACCUCUCAGUUCCAAGAUCGUCCGUAUUUUCACAAGUUCAACUUUCACAGACACGACCAUAGAGAGGAAUUCCCUCAUGGAAAAUGUAUACCCCAAAAUCAAAGAAUAUCUGAGAGAAAAUUACGGUCUGGAAUUUCAGGUAGUGGACAUGAGAUGGGGCGUGCGAGAUGAGGCGACGGACGAUCACAUGACCACCCAUCUAUGCAUGCAGGAAAUCGACAACUGCCAAAGACUUUCUAUUGGUCCAAACUUCAUCGUUUUUCUUGGCCAGAAAUACGGUUACCGACCUAUCCCUACGAUAAUUGAUGCAGCGGAACUAGAUAUGAUGCGCGAAUGUGUGCGUGAUGUUCCAGCGGAAGUAGAGUUAUUAGAUAAGUGGUACAAGAAAGACACAAACACAGUGCCACCUGUCUACAUUUUACAACCAAUCAGCACCAUUCUUACAAAUUUUAACAACAAGAGACAUGCAAAAUUACAAGAGGCUGACCAGGCGGAGUGGUGGGACACGUUCGGCAGAUUGUGUCGAAUCCUGCGAAAAGCCGCACAGGUUCUUUUUAUCGCCAGGAAACUUGAUAAAGACCAAAUGCAUAACUAUUUUAUGUCAGUGACUGAAAGGGAAGUAGAACGUGGAAUCUUAAAAGCCAAAGACGUUCCGGAACACUGUCUCGCUUACGUCCGAGAAAUCACGAACAUCAAUGUCCUUUUCCGAUUUGCCGCCAAAUUUAUAGAUUUUGCUGCCAGAAAUGUGGACGGUGAAGCCCAAAAAUUAUUGAAAACUCUUCGGGACGAAAAACUUCCGGCAAAGUGUCCACCAUCAAACUUAAUGAAAUACACAGUGGAUUGGAAUGGUAAAGAAGGAAUCGAUCCGGAAACGCAUGCGGAAUACCUCAAGAACUUUCAAGAGCACUUCUAUUCAUCAGUGACACGCCUUGUUGAUGAAGCAAUGGCGAAGUAUGAAAAACUUUCAAGUGACCCAGUCUACACGGAACAUCUUCAACAUUUACACGCUUGUUUCAAUUCAUGUAAAGUGUUUCAAGGACGAGAGGAUAUCGUGAAUAAAAUCAAAGCUUAUAUACAAGGACCUUCCAACAAACCGUUUAUCCUGUAUGGCGAAAGUGGCUGUGGAAAGACGUCUCUGACGGCGAAAGGAGCUAGCAUGUCAGUUACGUGGUGGCCAGAGGAGUCAGAACCUGUACUCGUUCUAAGAUUCCUGGGAACAACACCAAACAGUUCUAGUGUUAUCCCACUUCUUGUCAGUCUGUGCAAUCAAAUCGCCUUCAUCUAUGGCCAACCCAAAGAGGAAAUCCCAGCAGACGAACUUUCACCAUUAGUGCAACAUUUCAAGAAACUUAUAACAUUUGCCACUGCCGAGCGACCCCUCAACAUUAUACUGGAUUCAUUAGAUCAGCUCUCGGGGGCAGACGGUGGCCACUCUCUAGCAUGGCUUCCCACUAGCCUUCCUGAAAAUGUGAAACUUAUUGUGUCCACGAUUCCAAGCAUGUACAACUUGCUGGAGACCUUACAAGCUCUUGUAGAAGUGCCAGAAAAUUUCGUUCAGGUUCUUCCAUUAGGAGAAAAUUUAGGUGGUACCAUUUUAAAGUUCUGGUUGAAAAACGCCAAUAGAGACAUUGUAUCAGAACAAUGGGAGAUUGUUAACGAAGCUCUAUCGAAAUGUAAUUUGCCUCUGUAUGUUAAACUUGUGUUUGAUGAAAUAUGCCGAUGGAAGUCCUACUCACCUUUGAAGCAGACGCAAUUGAAUUUCACAAUUCAUGACACAAUUAUCAAAUUGUAUGACCGAAUUGAGAACCAGCAUGGAAAAACUCUUGUUGCGCAUGCGCUCGGUUACAUCACGGCCGCCAAAAGCGGUUUGUCAGAGUCGGAGCUGGAAGACUUGCUAUCUUUGGACGAGAAAGUCCUGAACGACGUUUACCAGUACCAUUUACCGCCUGUGCGUCGUAUUCCGCCUCUUCUUUGGACGCGAAUUCGCAGCGAUCUCCCGCACUACCUGAGUGAAAGAGAAGCAGAUGGCGUAAAUGUCAUCAAUUGGUACCACAGACAGUUUAUCGAAGCAUCAAGGGAAAGAUAUUUCAAAAACCUGAAUUUUGUCAGUGGGAUGCAUGCAAACAUUGCAGAAUACUUCCUCGGGAUUUGGGGAGGUGGUGUUCCGAAGCCAUUCACGUACUCGGAAGCGCAACGCAGAAUGUUCCAUUUAGCAGAUCUUAAUGGAGAAAGCGACCGAAAGGUGCCAGAACAGCCAUUAGCCUUUUACAACGAGCAAGGGGACGUUAUUCGAUACAAUUUACGAAAACUCAACGAGCUUCCGUUUCAUUUGAUCCGCUCCCACCAAUAUGAAGAGCUUUACAAUCACUGCCUAUUCAAUUACGGUUUUCUGCACGCAAAACUGAGUUCCAUGCCGUUACAAAGUGUCCUAGCAGACUUUGAAGACCUUAUGGAUCAUGUGUUCCAAAAAGAUGCGAAAUUGAUCGCUGACGCUAUUAAGCUGUCCAGUUCGAUUUUGAGUCACUAUCCAGAUAUGUUAGGGCCACAGAUCAUUGGUAGACUUCUGCCUUACUACCAACAGAACACAAAUAUACGAAGUCUUAUUCAGCAGUGCGAUAGUGAUGGCUUAGAACACUGCGCUUUAGUUCCAGCACAUCAUUGCCUUCAUACCCCUGGUGGACCCUUGCAAUAUUCUUUAGAAGGUCACCCCUUCGCACCAUUUGGAAUUGGAACAACGUCCAAUGGAAAGUACUUAGUCUCAGUAUCAAAUAAAUUCAUCAUAUGGGAUCUCGGUACAAGUGAUGUAUUCCGACAGGUCGUUCCCGGUAUUGGGGGUAUAAUGCAAAAUCUUGUUAUCAGUGAAAAUGACAAAUACGCAGUCAGUUACACCAACAACAAUCAGGUUGUUGUAUGUACAAUCAUGACGGGCGAUUUUCUUAUUCUCAGCCCAGAAAUUAAAGGUAAGGAUGAAUCAAUCAUUGGAACGUGCAUUUCAUUAACGCACAUCGCGACAUGGACGACCUCGUUAUGGUAUCUGUAUAAGAUAAAUGGCAAAUUCAUUUCAAGUCACGUGAUCGAACUUAAAAUGCCCUUACUCUCAGUGGAGUUUGGAACAGACAGUAAGACAUACUUGAUUGUCAAGAGUGGGACCGACGCUGACUCUGACAUGGCGCUCGAAGUGCAUGAUCAGUCCGUGGCGCCAUUUGAAUUCCACAGUGCUGUGGCCGUGUCGAAAGACAAAAUGACUGUGUACGCUUGCAUAGCUAUCAGUGACUAUGCUGUUGCUGUUUACAAGAGAGAUAUCGAUGCAUGGAAAUACGAUCGUACAUUAGGUGACAAUUACGAUGCCAUUUUCUCUCUUACUUUGUCAGAGGAUGAAAGCUACCUUGUUGCAACAAUUGCAAAUGGCUUCAAACUAUGGAAUGUUCAGAAAGAUUCCUUGGUAAAAUUGAGUCUUCCUCCACGUACAAGAAAUAUUCCAAACAAGAAUCCCCUUCUUUCUCUCGUCGUCUUCACAAAGAAUAACCAUUUUGUUGUUGCAGCGGUUAGAAAGAAUCUGUACGUCUGGGAUACCAAACAAGGAAACUUGGUGAAAGUUUUAGACGCCCAUUUCGGUCGAAUCAUCUCAAUUGAUGCCGUGACUUCAGGUGGAAAUAAGAUCAUUUCAUCUUCCAUUGACAAGACUAUAAAAGUUUGGAACUUUGACAAUAUCUUGGAGGAUGUAUUUUCCAUAGAUCGCUUAGAGAAGCCAAUCGAAUUCAUUCACUUGUCAGAGGAGAGUCCAUACGGUGUGACGACGAGUAGAAAUUGUGUUGGAGUUUGGGAUCUCAACACAGGUAAAUUGGUGCACACAUUAGAAACACGAGCAGUAGUAACUUUAGCCAAAAUAACAAGAGAUGGCAAAAAUGUCGUAGCGGCAGAAACUGGAAAACUGCUCUUCUGGGAAGUUGAUCAAGAAAAUGCGUUCAAGUCCAUCAUGCAAAAAGAUGUUGCUGUUCUCUUUUUUGCUGAGGAGGACAUGCGUGUGAUAGCAAUAUCUAAACAGAUUGGGAAUAAGGGCCUAUGCAAAGCAUAUACUUUUCCUGAGGGUGAAACAAUCUUCACAAUCGAAUAUAACUACAGAACCUUCAAAGGAGGUUGCUUCACGAAAGAGGGCAAUUUUCUUGCACUACCAUGUGCUGAUAAGAGCGGAGAUGUGUUGGGUGUUUACCAAGCAAAAACAGGAACACAUCUAUACAAUUUACAGCUGAAGUACACAAAUUACAAAGAACUGACCGGGAUUCGUCCAAUGCCUCAUGACACAAAUCAAAUUGUUAUUAUUGACGAGGAGAAGGGAAACAUUCUUGAUUUGAAGAAGAAGACACUUGUAAGGUCCGUCAUGAGAUGGAAUGGAAUGGCCAUGAAAACCGGGAAAACCGGUCUGUAUGCCCCAAAUCGAGGUGGACUUGAACUCCUAGAUCUGAAAUCGGGGAAAACUGUCAGAACACUGAUUCCACGAGUAGCAGAGGGUGUGUUUAGUAUUGACGUCAUGUUCACAGAAAACGACAAACACGUCGUUUAUUAUCAUUCUGGUCAUCGUACACUACGUGUGUUCCGAAUAUCCGACGGAAAAAGGAUCGCCAACUUUAAAGCGCAUGCGGAAGUGACGUUUAUGACAGGAACGAUGGAAGGAGAAACACUCGUUAUAGGAGCAGUUGAUGGUAGUUUAACAAUUCUUACCAUUGCAGAUCCAGAGUACGAAGAAAAUGUCGAGUUUCUGCAGUCCCUUCCCAGCAGGCAUUUAGCGAGAACUGCUAAUGGACUUCCUACGGACGGUUCGGUAGUGACAGGAAAGAACAGCAUGGGAACAGCACUACAAGUUGCAAGGUUCGUGGCCAAGGCUCGUGCAGUACAGCGAUCUAGAGCUUGCGUCAUCUCAUGACGUAGGCAUUCCUUGUUGUGUGACGUAGACCACAAAUGUGCUGAAUCCCUAGUAACUUUCUCUCCUUCUUCUUGAAUGAUUUUAUUUUUUGCUUACAUAUACACACCUACAAAGCUUUUGUGGUGGAACACUGCAAUGUUGUCUAGUGAACCCCUGAUUAUAUUUGUAGACGUACUUUCCUGAUAUAUGCUGGUGCUAUCUCUAUGUGCUAAUAGCAAGAUGUGGUAGAUUUAUAUUACAGAACUGAAGAAGAGUAGAAAAAACGAAAAACCCGAGAAUUAAUUUUAUUAAGUAGAAAUCAUAAUAUAGUUAUUAAUAACUAAAUUUAACUUUAGCUAUUUAACACUGGAAAAGAAAAUUGUUCUACGCAGAUUUUGUAUGAAAAAAUAAGGGCAUCGUAAGUAAUGACUGUAAAAUGAAAUGUAGCAUCAUAUAUAAUUAUUGUCAUAGAGUUUAUUUUUGUUUUUUAUGGAAAUAUUAAUUUGUUUUCAUAUAAAAUCCGUCCUUAUGAUUAGCCAUGCCAUAAUAAAUUUCAUGCACUUUG